AAGGAGUAUCCACACGGAGUCGUCUAAAAAUGACGACCAGUACGUUGGUCUUGAUCACAACCCCUUGAGCAUGGCGCAACAUGGCACAACGAACAUCACCUUGGUCUGACCAUGUCCUCUUGGUAUGCGGUGCUCAUUGCCAACAACCGCCACGACCUGAAACAUGCAGUAGAGGAUGCUAAGCUGGUGGAGCGGGCCCUGCUGCGCUGCGGCUUUUGCACUGCAGAGCAGCUGUGGCCCAUCCACGACCAACCAGGUGAUGUGAUCAAGGAAACGCUGGAAGAUGUAGCGAAAAAGGUGCCCAAAGAUGGACAGCUCUUCGUUUGGUACUCCGGCCAUGCCUUUGGUCGUGAGAUGGGUUCUCGGGGUCAAGGUGUCAAAGGGACCUUGCUGGUUGGGAAUGAGGAGGAACUCCUGGAUGACAACGGCGAGGUGGUUUGCAAGACCAGCUGCGUGUGGCUAGAAGAUACCUUGUUUGGUAUUUUGGCGAGACAGGAGCUUCGAGUUUGGUGUGUGGUUGCAGCCUGCCGUGGGAGGAAAGCAGAGCUUGAAAGAGGGUGGUCGAAGGAAGGUCACCACUGCAAGAUAGUGUUUGAUGUCCCUGAAUAUGACAACAACUGGCAAAUGGUGUCAAAUCAGGGACUGAAAAGAUUCGCUUUCUUGUACUCCUGCGCCUUUGGGCAAUUGAUGUGGGACACGUCUAUCUUUGCCAAGUGCUUUUGCUACAACCUGGAGCGCUGCCCAGCACCGUUAUUGGCAACCCUCCACGAGUUCUUGACCACUGACUCCGAGUUGAUGACCUUUGGAGAAGUGAGUCCCCCGCAGAUGGUUGGUGAGCCUCGGAGUAUCCUGAUUGGGAUCAGACCACCAGUUGUUCAAACACAGAUGCUUGCUUAUACACCGGACAAGCUUGAAGCUCUGAAGCCCUUGAAGCUCGUGGCAGUUCACUUGCACCAGCUAGCUGACGACGAAACUUUUGGGUUCUCUGAGUGCGCUGAAGAGUUAGAUGACUAUUCUUUUUACGAAGAUGUCAGAUUGUUGGCUUGGGACAUCAUUCAGAGCUUGAAACACUGUGCUCGCGACUUUCGACGGUUGAAAGAUCAAGUUUGGCUGCUCAGCUGUCGUAGCCUGGAGGAAGUCAAGGACGUCUUGGCAGAGCAUCAAGCUGCGUCCUCAAGCGCCGGGGGAUAUCCCAGUCGCCCAUCAGACUGGGAGCCCGAUGAAGAGGACAUGAGCGACGAGGAGUAUGAGUUGAGUCAAGACCAACGGGUGGUGCUGAAUCUGCCAGACGAUGUUGUCGCCGCCAUCAGCCGCGCUUUGUCAAUGGCGCAGAGCAAGGAGGAGCUCUUUGGUGAGGAGGAGCGUGAGGCUUUUCCCUCCGAGAUAUUCUUGGACAUGUUGCGGAUGCUGGGCGGCUACUUUACGGUCAAGAAGUAUGAGUUGGAGGAGUCUUUGCAGCAGAACAAGCACACAUACUUCUUUGCCAGCUCAGGAGGGACAGAGGUGACUUUAGAAGAUGCUGAGCAAGUGGAGAAGAUGCUGCGGAAGCACUGUGACAAGCUAUGCAUGGUGCCUGAGGAGCUGGAGGCGAUCCAGGAACAGAUGCGAAUCUAUGUGGGACAGAGCAGUUUUUGGGUCGUUGUGGUGUCACCCACAGCGCUGAAGGUGCAAAGCCUCAGUUGGAUCCUCGAGGACUUUGUGAAGGAACGGAAGUGCACCUCCUUCGCCUGGCUCACCGCGGACGCACCGCGCGAAGUGCCGCACUGUGCGGCGCCAGGAUUCGAGAAGUUGAUUGACCUGGUCGAAGGUUUAGGAGGAGCGGUGGAGGUGCCCAGCUUGGUGCCCUUGAAAGGAUCCUUCUUCAAGGGUUUGGCCAUGCAGCUCAUGGAGAAGCAGGGCGAGACGACAGAACGUUGGCAGCUGCGAGUGGUGAGCAACUACAGAGAUGUGAAUGAAGACCAGUGGUUGAACUCACAGCAGAACGUGGACUUCCACUUCGUGCGAUGUUUCAACUGGAUGAUGGCAGGUUGGAAGACACCAGAGCUACUGGAGCAUCUUCUUCGCUUCGCUGCAGAGUCCACCGAAGGGCCCGAAGGGCUGAGCGCGCCCGAGUCGGUCGACGAGCUGCCCAGGCCUCGGAGCGUUCUAUGCGCGCUCGGCUGCCUGCUUCACGCCAUCCAAGAUGACCCUUCACGGCUUGGGCUGAGCAUUGACACCAUCAUGCAGGUCCUACGCAGCACAACGGAGCCUGCAGAAGUCCUGAAGAAGUUGGUGGUGGAGGUCUACAAGAUUGGGCUAACUCGAUCAACCACUGCAGCAGAUACGGUCGUACCCAAGACCGGGUUGACCUCGAGUGGCCGCUGGUGCUGGAGCCAUUCGAAGUUCGCAGUGCUGGGACAAACUGCGGCCAAGAUGAACCCGCUGCGCUGGAGCAAAAGGAUGACUGUGAGCGAGUUGGCAGAAGAUCUUGGGAAGUAUUUGCAGACAGACCCGAGGGGCGUGAAGAUUCUGUUUGAUGAAGAGAACGAAAAGAGCUACAGCGACCAAGUGGCGGCAGUUCUUGAGUUGCAGGACAUGAUCAGAAAGGCCCAUGGAGCUGCUGCCCAGACAGGUGCAGAGAUCGAUGAAGAAGGCCGGUCUGCGGAAGGUCUUGCCGAAGGCGGAAGUCAGAUGCCUCUCUACGAGGUGGUCGAGCAGGGCCACUCGGAGGUAGAGCAGCGGCUCAUCGAUUCCAUACCCUCCCUCGAGGUGGCAGAGGUUGAGGUGAGCCUGCUGAGUGGCCGUGCUGUUCGUUGUAAGGCGGAGACCAGCAGCACUAUAUGUGAGCUGCGAGAAGAAGCCCAGUCAAAGCUUGGGACCAUUAUUAAGCAGCUAUUCCUCUCGAGUUCUGGACAACCGCUGCGCCUCCAGCAUGCGCUGAAAGAACAUUUGACGCUGAAAGAUGCUGGCGUAACCCAUGGCGCUUCCCUUACCGCUUUGGUUGCGAGCUUAUUGGACGUCAGUGACCAGACGGUACCACUGGGCAUUCAGAUUUGCAACGCAUGUGAUACCGUUGCUUUGUUGUUGCGAGACGAAGUAGCAAAAGGCGAUGCGUUGAAGCUGUGUUGCGCGCAAGCUCAGCAAGAAGACUCGCCUGAGUUGCUCAAGGCAAGCAUCUUCGGCCUGAUGCAACCAGAGGAGAUGAAAGAAUUUCUUCAAGCGCCUGACCAUCGUCUUUGGUUGAAGAUCAAAUCAGAUACUGAACGAUUUAUAGAGCUCCUCAAAGACCCAAAAACAGUUCCCUACUCCGCCGAAGAGAUGACCCCAGAGCCCUUCAAUGAACGAGUUCGGACCAUGCGUCCGGUGGUGAUGGACCAGUCGGUACGAGAACCGGCCACGAACACACCGUUUGGCCAUACUGGCUACAUGAAGUAUCUGACCCUGAAGAUUGUGCAGGCAAUGGGCUUCAAGGACAUUGCCAUUACUGGCCAGUACUAUGGCUCAUCAUACACUCCAGAGACCCAGAUCUUGGAGUGGAUGUGCUACAAAGGAGACAGCAUGGAUGGAAUGAUUGCGAUGUUCUCCCCAGGCCAAGCAGACCGUACGGCUGGUAUCAAUGCCAUCAGAGAAUUCAAGAUACCAAAUGCAUUUCUGGAUUUGACUAUGAAAGCGAGUGUACGCUUUGCCCAGUCUGACUUUGUGCAAUCCGUUGUCGACACUGUGGAGAAGAUUGAUGAGAUUUAUACAGAGAUGGGCUUGGACCCCUGCCCAUGGCGAGAAGACAGCGAAGUAAACGCAAGACCCGGCCGCGGCGAGAUUUCUUUGAACUUGGUGGAUUUGAUGGAGUUUUUAAAUUUAUCCAUCAACGGUGACAUGGAUGAUGUGAAGGAGCAAGAGGCAGCAAAUGCUUUUAGCACAUGGAAGGCAUGCGACGCAUUUAGGCGUAGAGUCGUAGCGAUUCUCACUGAGGAAGGCCGGGGAUGUGCAGACUACAGGGACUAUGGGCGUUUGGUUGGGUGGCUACGCAAACAUUUUCCUGAACAUGAGCACUACCGCAUUUUAGUUCACGCACAUGGUGGACACAGCAACGUGCAAGAUGCCGCUAGUGUGGAAGCUGCCCUACAGGGAGCAAAUGGAGUUUGGGCGGCCAUCAUACCCCAGGCCUCCCAAGCUGGACACAACUCCAGCUUGGUGUUCUUGGACAACAUCCUCCAGCUGGGCAACUCCCAUGUCCUGGAGGACUUUUGGCUUCACCAGGCCUCGGAGUGUGCUCGCCACGUCUACUUCUUGAACUUCAAUACCUACAAAAUCCAAGAUGAUUGCCCCAUCUGGGGGAUGGGGGGGCUGAUGCGGCUGACGCACUCAGCAUUCAGCAGAGUCUCAGGAGAGUCCUGGCGCCACAGGCGGGGAGAAUACUUCAACGUUUGGAGCGACGAGGAGUCCCUAGAGCUGAAGAGAGCUGCAGAAUCAGACCUGCACUUGCAGAUGGAGGUGGCCUCCUUGCGGCAGGCCGAGCGAGGUGGAGAAUACCGCAUUUCGCCACUAGUCUCCGAUGUUGAGACCUGGAGGCACCGGCUCAGCGAGGCCGGAGCCACUCAGAGAAAAGAACGAGUCGAUGACUAUCUGCAUGAGGUGAGAGCACUUGGAUUCGCCCUGAUGAACGCAGGAAUUCGGGUCAACAUCAACGAGGCUGCGACGCUCAGGAAGCUGGUUGACAUUGCGAGGCGCAACAAGGCUCGGGACUUGAGGUGCCCGAAGGUGGCCAACUACCUGAAGGCCCAGCAGCACCAAGGUCUCACUGAAUAGAGAUGCUCAUCCUGUUCGCAUCUUCACAGGAUGCGCAUAGAAAGGUCGUCAACGGCCCUAGGGUCGUCGCGCAAACAGCGAUGGCGCGUGUUCGGCGCGCCAAGUCUUGCCUCUUUGGAGCCAAGACUUCCACGACAUGAGUGGACAAUGUCAUCUCUGGCGACCCAUGGACCAAUUGAGGGCAUGGUCAGGGAAGAUAGCCACCCGGAACCUGUUUCCAUUCUCAACCAGCCACGCUGGGGGUUGGGGGGGUGCCGACCCAAACCAUACAUUUUGAGUAAUCUUGUCCCAUUUGCACGUGUUGCAGGGACCUGACUCCAAGCAAAGGCUGCGCGCUGGCCCGAACAGACUGCAACCAGUUUCGCAGG